AUGACGAAGGAGUUCACACUUGCUGAUGUGCAGCUGCACAAUACAGCAGAUGAUUUGUACAUCGUUGUCCACAACAAAGUCUAUAGCUGCGCUUCGUUUGUGGCAGACCACCCUGGUGGUGGAGAAUUAAUAUCCGACGUCGCUGGACAGGACGCAACCGAGGCCUUUGUUGAUGUUGGCCACUCUGAAGAAGCCGCGGAAAUCUUAGAAACUCUUUGUGUCGGUACUUUGAAAUCGGCCGCAGUCUCCGAGGCCGCCGCCACAACACCUUCCCCCGUGAUAAAUCUAGAGACGACAGUCGAUGUCGCACCGACUGUCAUAGACAUCUCCCCUAAUUCCGUCUCCGAAGCCAAAAAGACCGAAGUCAUUGAACAAAUCAAAGAAAUCACAAUCAGCCCAACAACCGUCCUCAGACCAGACUCUUUCCAAUUCUUCCCAUUAAAAGAAAAGUCAAAUAUUUCACACAAUGUAGCAGUAUACCGCUUCAGCUUACCCUCUGAAGACUCAGUCCUUGGGCUUCCAAUCGGCCAGCACAUCUCCAUCGGAGCUGUUCUGCCUCAACCAGACGGCACCUCCAAAGAAAUUAUCCGCUCCUACACUCCAGUCUCAGGCGAUCACCAACCUGGAUACUUCGACCUUCUCAUCAAGACAUACCCCAAAGGCAACAUCUCAAAGCACAUCGAGGCCCUCGAGAUUGGCCAAUCUAUUCGGGUCCGUGGCCCUAAGGGAGCCUUCUCAUACAAACCAAACAUGGUUCGGCACUUUGGCAUGAUCGCAGGCGGAACUGGACUCACCCCCAUGCUGCAAAUCGUGACCGCUAUCUAUCGAGGGCGCGCCGCUGGAGAUAUGACCGAGGUCGACCUAAACUUUGCCAAUGUAACGGAGCAAGAUAUAUUACUCAUGGAAGACCUUGACGCCCUUGCAGUGGCCGAUCCCAAGUUCCGAGUGCACUACGUGUUAGACAAGCCGCCCCAAGGAUUCAUCGGUGGUGUUGGCUUCGUCACGGAAAACAUGAUUAGGAAAUGGCUCCCUAAGCCGGCACCGGAUGUGAAGAUUUUGCUUUGUGGCCCACCCCCUAUGAUCAGUGCCAUGAAGAAAGCUACAGAAAAUGUUGGGUUUGAGAAAGCACGACCAGUGAGCAAACUUGAAGAUCAGGUGUUUUCAUUCUAA